AUGUCGGGGGAGACCUGGCUGAAAAGGUCGAUGAUGAUCCUCUCUCUCCUGGUCACUCAGGGACCCCGGCGACUCGGAGAUUCCAUCUUCUCUUACGUCCACCAGCUGUUGGUGGUUAAAGAAAAGUUUCCUCCUGAGCAGCAGGACCAGGACGACCCAGAGCCCGGGGGAGGACCAGGAUCAGACAGGAAGCCAGAGACCAGAGAACCUCUGUCAGUUCCUGUCGGUGAUUCCAGACGUAGUGCUGCAGAGAAACCACUCAGUUGCUCUGAGUGUGGGAGGAGAUUUAAGCAGAGGGGACACCUGAAGCAACACUUGAAAACUCACACAGGAGAGAAACCGUUCAGCUGCUCCAUCUGUCGGGAGUCAUUUGCUCAGAGAGUCGGGUUACAGACACACAUGAGGACUCACAAAGGAGUGAAACCACUCAGCUGCUCUUGGACUUCCUGCCUUAGACACCAUCAGUGUGGACAAUAUGAACCAACCAGAUACCGCCUCCUGCUGCCCCGCCCCCCCACUCAUGGUAGGAUGUGGACCGUAGAGCCUCAGUCAUGUUCAAACUCUCUGAAUCCUAAAAUGGCCGACAGCAGAGGGCGGAGCUCCUCUGAUGUGUGGGCAUGUCCUGAAGCCGAAACUGAGGUCAUCAUUGAUGGUUGGGAGGAGACUAGAGAGCCUCAGACAGACGUCCAGCAGCUGUUGGUGAGUCAGGAACAGGUCCCCCCUCAGCAGCUGGACUGGAGCUCCAGUGACGAUGAUGAAGACAAACCUUCGUCCUCACAGCUUCAUCUGAGACAGACUCAGCAGAUGGAGAUAGAAGCUCAUGGACAAGACUGUGGAGGACCAGGACCAGCAGGGAGUCAGAGACUCAUGUGGAUUUCCUGCCUCAGACACCAUCAGUGUGGAGGGUCCAAACGCAGCAGGUACCGGCUCCUGCUGCCCCGCCCCCCCACUGAUGGUUGGAUGUGGACCGUAGAGCCUCCGUCAGAUUUAAACUCUCUGAAUCCUAAAAUUGCAGACAGCAGAGGGCGGAGCUCCUCUGAUAUGUGGGCGUGUCCUGAAGCUGAGACUGAGGUCAUCAUUGAUGGUUGGGAGGAGACCAGAGAACCUCAGACAGUUUUACCCUCAGACAUCCAGGAAGUGAUGGUGGGUGCAGAGGUCCAGCAGCUGUUGGUCGUUAAAGAAGAGGUUCCCCCUGAGCAGCAGGAGUGGAGCUCCAGUGUGGACCAGGAGGACCCAGAGCCCCCACACAUUAAAGAGGAAGAGGAGGAACUGUGGAGCAGUCAGGAGGGAGAGCAGCUUCAAGGGCUGGAGGAGGCUGAUAUCACCAAGUUCACAUUCACUCCUGUCCCUGUGAAGAGUGAAGAUGAUGAAGAGGAACCUCAGUCUGAGGGACACCACUGUGGAGGACCAGGAACAGGACCAGGACCAGACAGGAACUCACAUCCAGAUCCAGAUUUAGAACCUGAUACCAAGGACGAGAAGCCUGACGAUUCUUUAGUAGCUGAAAUACAGCCGGUGUCUGGAGACUCUUCUGAAGCUGAGACUGAUGACAGUGAUGAUUGGAUGGAGACCAGAGAACCUCAGUCAGGGUUCUGUUGGUGACUGAAGAUGUUGCGCUGCAGAGAGAAACUCCUGUUAAUGACUUCAUCUCCUCAGUUCGUCGUCUCUGAUCCCUUGGUUUUAUUUUACCAACAUAUCAGAUGAUAAACCGUCCUGUCAUUACACUCACACAUGAUCCUGACAUCAUCGUUUGUCCCUGAUCCUCUUUUGGUCUGUUGAUGAUUCUCUCGUCCACAUGUCAGGACAGACACGUCCCUCUGGUUUAUAAAGAACCCAACUGAGAGCGGCUCAACAAGACCACCAUGACACAGCUCAUUCAGGGAACAGGUACUAUAUUGUGGGGACACGGACACAGAUUGGUUUAUAACAACAUGCAAGAGGUGGCGUCUUCCUAUCAAUCCCAAAAAGACAGAGGUCAUAGAGUUCAGGAAACCGGGUAUGAAAAGAAAUUUAGUUUGGGUCAUAACGAUCUUAAAAUCACAGAGAAGUAUAAAAACCUUAAUGAACACGUCAUGUUCACAGGUCAAUCAAUCAAUCAAUCAACCACUCAGUUUUAUUUAUAAAGCCCAGUAUCACAAAUCACAAUUUGCCUCACAGGGCUUUACAGCAUACGACAUCCCUCUGUCCUUAUGACCCUCACAGCUGAUCAGGAAAAACUCCCCAAAAAAACCCUUUAAUGGGAAAAAAAACGGUAGAAACCUCAGGAAGAGCAACUGAGGAGGG